AUGAGCCCUACUAAUCUCGCCAUCCCACUUGAAGUGAUCACCAUUAUCUGCUCAUAUGCUGACAUUCGCACCCUCUCCGCCCUCUCCCGCACCUCCCGCACCCUGCAUACCCUCCUCAACCCCUCGCUUGAAAAGACCUUUACCGCUGAACUCCCAUGGAUCGCGGCCAUUGCCGUGCUCAACCACCGGCCCAUAACAUUCGCACGAGUCAGGGCGGCCGCCCUCGACGCUCGUGACCGCUUCUUCCCGGGCACACGCGACCCCCGCACCCACAAGGACAUCAUCUACGGGUACGUCAAGAUAGGCCUGGCCCGCCUCAUAUUACUGCCUGCUGACGAGGACAAGGCUAAUGUCCUUACGAUGGCGCUGGCGCGCGGUAUAAUACCUAUUCUGCUCAGGCACGACUUCGGCGAUCAUCCCUGGUUCGGGGUUGAUAGGAUAGCUGGGAUUGAAUAG